AUGGUCAAUUGCGCUACGACGCAGCAAGGGCAGCGGCGACGGCACGGGUACGGCGAAUGUCGCAAUAUGCUGGCCGGGCGAAUUCAAACGUAUAGGGACGCACAUUUGAGCAUCAGUCAGAAUUGGCCGCCUCCCGGAGCCCGUCACGCCGCACAUCUGGAAUGCAAGCCGAGUCGAGAACCGGUUCUGCAGGCUCUGCAGCGAGGUGCAACACUAGGAGACUCCACUUUCAGGAGAAGGUGGACGCUGGAGAAUGAUGUUGCAGCUCCAAGAUGUUCAUCUUGCUUCAAACUGGGCAUGGUCGAAGGAGGCUGUGCAAAGUGUGGGGUCGAAUAG